ACCGGCGGUUCACGCGCCUCAGGAAGUCUUUCCCAGGAGGAAUGUAGUGUGUGUGAGGCUUUAACGACAAAACGCGGAGAAAAUGAGUUGUUUUUCACUGAAGUAGCUACGUUCACGGGUCUACGGAUAGGUUAUGUCGUUUACUUUUCGUUUUCUUGUUUUAAUUUUCGUUUUUUUUUUAUUUGACUUGAACGUAACCGAAGAGCAACAGGUUGGUUUAGUGUUAGAUCUGUUUCCCCACCAUGUCUUGCCGUGACAUCCACGCCACAAACGCGUUUGCCUUCAUCGUCGCCCUGCUCUCUGUGGGAGGAUUAGCCGUUGCUACAGUCAUCCCUCAAUGGAGGACAACACAGCUUCACACAACUAACCUCAACGCCAAGAAUGUUACAGUGUAUGAUGGACUGUGGACCAAAUGCGUCCGGCGAGACGGCUCCAGCGGGUGUUACUACUUUGACUCAGAGUGGUACUCCAAAGUGGACCAGCUGGAUCUCAGGCUGCUGCAGUUUUGCUUACCGACAGGUCUGUUCUUCUCUGGCCUGGCUCUGCUGAUCAGUCUCACUGGCAUGUGUAAGACGGCAUGCUGCUCCAAAACCCCAGACGACAUAAAAUCCAGCCGCUGCCUAGUGAACAGCUCAGGCUGCCACCUGGUGGCCGGGAUGUUCCUCCUGCUAGGAGGUGCAAUCGCUAUGCCACCCUCUGUCUGGUUCAUAUUCCACACUCGUGAGUUGAACUCACGCUACGCUAAUAUUUUCUCUACGGAGUUUGCGGUGUACGUGGCUAUUGGCAGCGCCGGCGGACUUGUGUUUGCCGCCCUGCUGAUGUUCAUGUGGUACUGCAUGUGCAAAAAGCUGCCCUCGCCCUUCUGGCUGCCCCUGCCUGAGCAGCCCGCCUUGAGCAACAGCGUUUCUGCUCAGCCUCUACUGCCCAAUGGCCUGCCAACAGCGGUAACCUAUGCUCCUCAGAGCUUCCCCCCUGCUGUUCUCGAUGCUCCGGCUUUUGUCCAAGCCCCAGGAUAUCCACAGCCCAUGCCAGGCCCACCUGUUCCACCUCAGGUAUACAUGUCUCAGAUGUCAGUGCCGGACGGAUACGGGUCAGAAGCAGGAGCCUCGCAGGCUUAUGGUUACGCCCCUUCGCAGAGCUACGCCCCUUCGCAGAGUUACGCCCCAUCACAUAGUUACGCCCCCUCACAAAGCUACGCUCCAUCUGUGAGCAUCGCCCCUUCUCAGAGGUAUGCGCGGCAACACUACUCCACACGAUCACGACACUCAGCAAUCGAAAUUGAUAUCCCUCUCCUGACAGAGUGAUACUGAAAGAAAGAAGUCCACCACGUCCUUCUGUGGAUCACCAGUCAUCAGUGGACAUCGCACUGACCCAGACCAGGCAACUCUAAAUACACAGAAUUACUUCUUUUAAUCCCACUUCUUAUCAGAACAAGCAACAAUAAUGAAAAUGGAUCCAUCAUAGAAAAUACACCGAAAGUAAUCUCUGUGAGACAAUUUAGGAAGAAUUGGUCACAGAUGCCACGUUUAUGACAAUAGAGCAUCUGAUAGAUAAUAAUAAUGAGCUAAAUAGUAUACACAGGGGUGGACAAAUCAUAAAUUCAUCAGCUAGCCCACUCAGAAUCUCCAGUGUACUCCACAGCCCCAUGUUUUAGUUGCCUGGAAACCUAGUUGGUGCAUUAAUGCAGACUAAGGGAAAUGAAGGAGUUUGAGUAUAUUUUUUUCUUUUUUGGUUGUUAAACCUACCUAUACACCAGUAAACACACACAAAUAUCCUGGGCAUGAAAUCAGUUAGCCUCAGAAACUUUAUAGUAUUUGUCCAACACUGAAAUAGACCAUUAAAGUCACAAAUAUAUGUUUUAAUAUCAGUCAAAUAUAUCGGACAAGAUCGGUCAGUUUUUCAAAUUCACAGUAAACGGAGUAGUUAUCUAUUGUGGUCUAAUGAUACAUAUCUAAAAGUUUAUCAAAAAUAAUUGUUUCCUGGAAUAUUAGUAUUCAUUGAGUCAGCACUACGUUAGAUAUAAUGCUUUCAGGUUAUUUCCCCCUAUGUUCUUUUCUGGAAUUGAAGUUUUAGUAUAAAAGCUUUUACUUUUUACCUUUACUUUUUCUUUCUAUUUUUCUACUUCUGAAUAGACCUUUUCUCUUGAACAGAAUAUAAGAGUUUCACAUGUGGCCCAGAUGUGAGGUGGAUGCUGUCUCUCUGGUCAGCUGUGCUGAGAGUCGAACCUUCACACAUCUUUGGAUGACACUUUUUAACUCAUGGUUUACAAAAGAACAACACUGUCUCACUGUAAGAGCACUGGAAAUGGUCAAAGUCGCUAAACAAAGCACUGGCGCUGUAGAAACGGUCAGCUGCUUCACUACACUGUAUUUUGCACUAAAUUCACACUCACACUUUUAAACUAACACUGGAUUUAACACACUAUGCUUUACACUAACAACAUGUCUGGUAAAUAAUAAUAAUGCCUUUAAUUCAGGGUUCGUCAAGCCUUUUUACUUAUUGUUUUUUUUUAUAGAAACUGAAUAAAAAAGGCAGCUGUUUUAUUCCUCCACAACUGUUACAAUGUGCUGUCCAGUGAAGGAGAGAGGAUCGUUUCCCUGGUUUUUAUUAGGCUUACUAAAGCAUCACGGAUUCAUUUCUCUUUUAAUAUUGUGAUAUUUGACACUAAUAAUGGAGGGUUAGAAAGUUAUUAGUAUGUGAAGUUAUGUUUAAGUGUGCCAACUUUUUUAUAAAUUUGUGAUUUUAUUUUUUGGUUGUUUAACGUUAAAAUUUUAAUAUUAUGUUUUAUCACUAAUCUUUUUCUACCAUGUCUACGUCUCUAAGCAUAGAUUACUAAUGUCUAAAACGUUGCGCUGAAUAAAAACAAAACGGAAAAAUUCUGUUUAAAAGUAUCAGCUGAAUGAUUUCUGCACAUAGCUACUAUUACAGAAUAACAUUUUAUGAUAUUAUAUGUUCAUAUCACAAUUAAAAAUAAUAAAAGACACCUAAGGUCAGAUAUUUUAAACUAAUGUCAUCAUUGACUUGCUUAGGUGUCUGAAAGUGUCACAGCUCACUGAGGACUAAAUUUCCUCUUUUUUUGACGGGUUGAGGCAGGGUUACAGACACGGCUGAGAGGAAUACUGUGUACCGAGUCCUCAGAAUAAAGUGGCUGAUUACCCCAUAACAAUAGCUCCCCGUUGUGAUCCAUUACAGGACGACAAAACCUGUUUACGUCACUUGCGUGCUAUGAAUUAGAAAUAUGACACACAAAAGAUGGCAGCUUCAAUAUCACACAUAAUUCCCUAAAGAUUCUUUUUUUUUUCUCAUGUUCAUAAUGUGUAUUCGUGAAGGUCACUGAGGCUAAUAGCGUACAGCUCUUAAACAAGAGCGUCACCCUCUCGUACGCACAAUAGAGACUCGAGCGUGAUCUCGAAGCUUACCGCCUGGAGACGGUAUCUACAGCUCGCAGAAAAGUGUGCUUUUUCAUAUUAACACAAAUGAGAGCAUUAACAGAAAUGUGCUUAUGCAUAUGUGAGAUUGGUUAAGAGUGUUCGGUUCACUCAUCUCUGACACGAAGCCAUGGGAGCUUAGGUUUACUCGCCGCUAAUUAAAAGUCACAACAGACGUCUGUUUGCUUUGCCUCGCCUCAUUUAGGGGAAAUACUGAUGUUUAAGAGCUACACAAUGUGCAACAGAACGUAAUUCCCCCCUCGUUCGGUGGCGUCCUGCUGGGUUUCCACCCCUUCCCCCCCUCCGUCACGCACUAACACAAGAGGGGGGAACUCUGUGAAGGAUUAGGGGUCUAAAGGCAGAUGGUCCCUUAGAUGGUUUGGAGUAGAAAUGAGAUGGGGUGUGUACAUGUAUGAAGACAAAGAAAGGGCAGGGCAUGAGGGAGUGUGUGUGAUGAGGGGGUAGGGUAUGUAGGAUAAGGGUGAAUGGAUGUGUACGUGUGAAGAGGGGGUGGUGUGCGAUUGGGGGUGUGUAUCGUUGCUUGUUCUCUCUAGGGAACCGGGUCAUGAAUUAGAAGCAGGUCAGGGAAUGGCACGUGCUUCCCAUAAUCCCCCUGGCACUGACUGAUGACACUGUAUGAGAUAGCUGGGUAGAGAUAAGGGAAAA